AUGGAAAACAACUUGCACGAUCACAUGAAGAGGUUUUGGGAAAUCAACGAGAAUCACGUCACUCAUAUCAAGUCUGAGGAAGAAUUGGAGUGUGAAAAGCAUUUCACUGCGACGUUCAAGCAUGCAGAAGACAGCAGGUUUGAGGUCAGCUUACCAUUGAAAAGGGAUGUUCAAUCUUUGGGUGAAUCUCGGUCUGGAGCUGAAAAACGAUUGUUGGCAAUGGAGAGACGUUUCCGGAAGGAUCAAACUAUAAAAGAAAGGUAUCACGAAUAUUUAGAUGAAUUUCUUGAGUUAGGGCAUAUGACUGAAAUUUUAGAUCUGGAGCCUGGAUUGAGAAACUAUUUACCACAUCACGCCGUCCUGAAAGAGUCGAGCACAACUACCAAGGUCAGAGUGGUCAAGGAUGGUUCAUUCAAGACAACAACAGGAAUCUCGAUGAAUGAUUGCGUAAUGGUUGGUCCAGUUGUUCAGCAAGAGUUAUUCUUGAUCAUCGUUCGAUUCAGGCAGCAUCAGUUCGUGGUCACUGGCGAUAUAGUCAAAAUGUAUCGCCAAAUUUGGAUCAAACCGGAACACAGAAAUCUUCAGUGUAUUUUAUGGCGGAAGGAACCAGAUCAACCCAUGAGAACGUAUCAACUUAACACCGUGACGUUUGAAGUCACAUCAUCUCCGUAUCAAGCCACGAGAUGUUUGGUUCAAUUGUCAGAGGAAUGCAAGGAAACUCAUCCACUUGCUUCAAGGGUCAUCCAAGAAGACUUCUACGUAGAUGACAUGCUCUCUGGUGGGGAAACGGAGGAGGAGGUUGAUGCUAUUGUCAAGGAAGUCAAAGAAGUGUUGCAAUCUGCUGGUUUCGAGCUGCAAAAAUUCUAUUCAAACAAAAUCGAUAAGGACAACGAAAUCAAGGAUCAUGAUCUUACGGAAAUCAAGACGCUCGGUAUGAGGUGGCAACUGGAGGUGAUUAUCUAA